AGAAAAGGGACCGACGCUCAGCACGCUCUCAGCACAUAUUGUCCUGCUUCCACAGCCACAGCGAGGAAGAAAAAAUGGGAAACAAAGGCUUGCUGAUCUCUCUGCGUGACGAAGAAGCCGAGCGUGUUGGUCUUGGAGGAGUCUGAUCCACCUGCUGACGGUACGGAGGACGACUCACUUGUGGCUGGCAAACGGUUUUCUGUUUUCACUGCAGAGUUUGACCUCGUUGAUGGCUUCGCUGGGGCGGCCGCCGACUGACUGACUGACCAGGUGCGUCAGCAACGUGACAAGGAAGAGGCAAUUGACUGUGUGGGUCUGCGUGCGUGCAGUGGCGUGACUCAUUGUGAUGGCCCAAUCGUCGUCUGCCGCAUCGCAAGCACCUCCUGUGCCUCCCGGCUGCAAGGGGCUGGAUGACGUCGACAUCGUCCCCGAUGAGGGCGUCAGUCCUCUCAGUCGGCAGCUGCUGGAGGGCUGCAUUCGCCGCGCAUUCACGGACGCCGCCCAGGUCACACAGCUGAUCGAGCAAGGAGCCGACCCGAGAGCCGCCGGCGGCCUUCGUGUCCACGGCGGCAUCCCAGGAAGAGCCCCGUACUCGCAAUACAGCUGCCUGCCUUUCGCCAUCGACAGCCUAACAAACUACCCAUUGCUCUAUGCGAGCGGCGCUGAUGGCUCUUCGCGGCCCGUCGUUCUGCCGCAGUGGGCCUCCCGUCAGCUGCAGCGUGACAUCCUAAGCGCACUCAUCGACGGCGGGGCGGACGUCAAUGGGGGCGGAUGGAUGCAGCGGCCCAUCACGAUGGGCAUUGUGGCGGGUAAUCUGACGGCUGUGGAGGCCUUGCUGGCGCGUCAGGCCAACGUGCGGGGAUUUGGGGUGAUGGAGCUUCCCUACGUCCCCCAUGCAGCCCUUUCCCCUACUCGUGAGUACGAGGACACUCUCAUGUCCAUCUAUCGCCGGCUCAUCCAACACGACAGCACACUCGCAGAGGAGCGGGUCGUUGGAGACAAUCUGGUCCAUUUGGCAGCCAGGGCCACCUGCAUGUUCUCCCAGCAGUUAAUCGAUCAGUACCUCACCCUCAUCACCAGCCACGGAGCCGAUAUGACGGCAGCAGACAGACAGGGCAGGACGCCACUGCACGAGGCGGCAAGAGCUGGCUCCCACUUCUUGGCUGAGUGGCUGUGCCACCGACUCACAGCCGACGACGUCAACAGAGGACUGCCCAACCAGCCCAACAUGACACCACUCGCCUUUGCCGCCGAGGCUCUCUACAACCAUAUCCGAAUACAGCAGCAGUCACAGAGGCGGUGGCGGCUACGACUGAUCCACGAGCACAAGACCAUCAUCGGUGUGCUGCUGCGGGCAGGGGCGGCCCCGUCCAUCGCCCGCAUGCCCACCGCCACCGAAGAUCAGCGGCGUCUGCGUCAGCUGGUGCUGGCCGAGUAUGCCGCAGUGCUGAGUGAGCUGUCCGAGGCCGUCAUGUCGGCCAUCAACGGCGCCCUCGCCCCCCAGCGCGACCACUUGAUGCUUCUCGCCCGUCUGCUGCCCCUCGCCCCCCACCACGACGGCGCCCACCCCCACCCCUCCCCAUCCAACAUGGCAUUCGGCCCACACGAGGCUGAGGCCAUCGGAUGGAAGAUCGGCGCCUUCCUGCACGAGCCCCCCGCUGCUGUGGCCGCCAUCGACGAGUACCUCAUUGGCGAGUCGGUGCUGAGGCGCCGCGUCAAGGCGGCCGUCGGCCACUUCGUCAAGUCGGCGGCCACCCAGACGAGCAGCAACAGGGAGGUGGUGGGCGGGACGCGAUACGAGCAGCAGGGCGACAAGCGCGUCAAGGUGACCGCCCCGCCCCUGCAGUGCUUUAGGGUGGGCGGUGUGGGUGGCCGCAAGAUGGGUGUGCGUAAGGUGGUGCACCGGGCCCGGCUGGACGAGGCCGGCACCCAUGGGGUCCCACUGGAGGGUGUGGUCAAGGGCUUCAAUGAGCAUCUGGGCGACCAGGACUGCCAGUUCGAGUGGGGCCAGCUGGGCCGCAUCGACAGGACGACCGGCCUGUUUGUGUCGCUGGGCAUCGACUGAG